AUGCAACAGCACAUAUGCUACGGAAUAUGUCAGAAGUUUGAAUUCAACACGUGUCUCUACACACUGUGUCUCUACACUCUGUGUCUCUGCUCCCAGUGUCUCUGCAUCCAGUGUCUCUACACUCUGUGUCUCUGCUCCCAGUGUCUCUACACCCAGUGUCUCUACACUCUGUGUCUCUGCUCCCAGUGUCUCUACACCCAGUGUCUCUACACUCUGUGUCUCUGCUCCCAGUGUCUCUGCAUUCAGUGUCUCUACACUCUGUCUCUACACCCAGUGUCUCUGUUCCCAUGUCUCUGCAUUCAGUGUCUCUACACUCUGUGUCUCUGCACCCAGUGUCUCUACACACUGUGUCUCUACACUCUGUGUCUCUGCUCCCAGUGUCUCUGCUCCCAGUGUCUCUACACACUGUGUCUCUGCUCCCAGUGUCUCUGCUCCCAGUGUCUCUACAGACUGUGUCUCUACACACUGUGUCUCUGCUCCCAGUGUCUCUACAGACUGUGUCUCUACACACUGUGUCUCUGCUCCCAGUGUCUCUGCUCCCAGUGUCUCUACAGACUGUGUCUCUACACACUGUGUCUCUGCUCCCAGUGUCUCUACAGACUGUGUCUCUACACACUGUGUCUCUGCUCCCAGUGUCUCUGCUCCCAGUGUCUCUACAGACUGUGUCUCUACACACUGUGUCUCUGCUCCCAGUGUCUCUACACACUGUGUCUCUACACUCUGUGUCUCUGCUCCCAGUGUCUCUACACCCAGUGUCUCUACAGACUGUGUCUCUCCACCCAGUGUCUCUGUCUACUCAGGUGUAUGCAGGGUUGUGAAGGUGCCGGCAGCUAA